GUUCGCACCAGGACCGGGUGAACGGGUUUGGUCCCAGUCUUUUACUUAAAACCACACAUCCAGACCGCCGAGACGCAAUCCCAGGUGAAACCCGACCAUAAACACUGACAGAUCGGCAACACUGGACGCAACCCAAACUCAAUCAGAUCGAGUAGAGAACGUUCGUCUCCGACAGCCACAUUACCGGACCAGCCAGACAGCCUCGGCAUCAAACGGGAAAAGCUCCGACGAAACCCCAAGAGAGGAGACAAAAACCCUCACGGACUAAUCUAGUUGUUCUUUUCGGAAAAGAAAAAAUAUAUGUUAUAUGGUCGAUUCUCUACUUGAUGAUGGCAAGGAGUUGUUUUAGGGCAAUUUGGAGUGGGUGUCUCAGCUGGGAGAGGUAUGGGUCCAUGGUAGCAAGAUCUUUAUCUUUCCAUGUCACCUUAUACUUACUCUGGUGGUCUUUCUUUUCCCCCAUUUUUUGUCAUAAGCAGAAACGGACUCCUUGUAUGCUACUGCUCCACUGUGAUCUCUCUGCCCCUGCUCAAUUUGGUUUUUCCUCUGUUUCACUAUAAUAUAAGGUCUCUCCUUGGAGGUGCUGUUUUGCUUUGCACAAUUAGCUAGUCUCAACUCCUUGGUUCCCCUCUAUGCUUCUGUAUUUCCUAUGACUAAAGAUGAAGCAGAUGAUAUGCUUUUCAAACAAGGCCUGUUAUUAAGAGGAUGUACAGCUUCUGGCAGGAGCUUCCCCGUCCUCGUCUCCUUUUUGCAGGAUUUCAUCAGGGUGUUUUGGUGUUUUGCUUUUGUUCCUGUUUUUUAAGUGCUAUUUUUCCUUUUGUAUGGGUCUUUUAUUUAGCUUAUAUAUAAGCAUGUUUGUUGGCCAACAAAAAAUAAAAAAGGGCCUGUAAGGUCAUAUGAAGAUAGAAGUCAUAUUUGGUUUGUGGCAAUAACCAUUUUAGUUUGUU